GGGAAUCAAAGCUCAACAUCUCUGCAGAGCCAUGACAAGUGGAAGAGAAAUGAGAAAUGCAGCGCGGUCUAUAUGACUCAUCUGUGGCUGCUGAUAGCGAGCACGUGGCCUCGUAACCUCAUUGGGGCCUCUGGUCUGUCCGUGGAUCCACAGUCCCAUGACUACCCUCUGCUGCACACGUGAAGCCAACAUAAACACACCUACACAGGUCUGGGUUUUUUUUCCUCAAAUCUCCCGCAACUAAAUUUGUGAGAAACACAUGAUAACUGUAUGCAUAAAUACCGCAGUGCAGAUGAAUAAUAUCAGUCUGAGUUAAACAACUUAAGAGGCAAGAUGAAGAUCUGCAUCCUUUUCAUGUUCGGGAUCCUGUUCGUCCUCACUGACGGAAUGCCGCCAAUCAGCAGAGACUACAACACGCGCUGCCGGUGCCUGCAAGUGGAGUCGAGGAUCAUUCCUCCAGAUAGUCUGAGGAGCAUCAAGCUUCUUCCUGAAGGGCCCUACUGCCCAGUCACAGAGGUCAUAGCUGCAUUGGCGAGCGGGGAGAAGAUUUGCCUGAAUCCUCGUUCCUCCUGGGUGAAGAAGCUGGUCCAUUAUGUUCUGGAGAGGCAGUUACAUCUGCAGGGAGAAGCACUUCCCAAGAAUCGAGCGUAAAGGGAAGUUGCUGCAGUAUAAUUAAAUCCAGCUUGUGCAACAAUGAUUCAGAUAACUUCUUUUUUUUUUAACUUCUUUUAUUUUUAUUUAAUUGUGGUUGUAAAUGAAAUGUAAUGGGCUUGCUAUGUAGCUGAGUCAGUUCUUUGUUUAGAAAGAUUGAUUGUGUGACGUUUUGUGUGAUGUGAUACGAUUCCUGUGAAUUUUGGUCGUACUUGUUCUGACAGGUUUCAUGCGUCAUUCUUAUUGGUGUGUGCAGUCUGGAGAUCUCUGAUUACAGAAACUCAGAUAAAAUAAUAAACAUAUUGCCAAAAAUAAAACGAAAGUAAUUGUUCAAACUUGUCUGCAGAUUUUUAUAAGAUUAUACUUUGAAGCGCUUGUUGUUUUCAUUAAGUUGACAAGUCUUUGCCUUCAGGCCCCUGGUGUCAAGAUACAUAAAAGUAUAUUAUUUCUAAGGAAACUUCUAUAUAUCUGGACAUGUUUUAAUAUCCACACAACACUGACUGUUUGAUACAUCAAUAAAAAUCAAUGACAAAAAUGAUUAUCAGCCUCAUCCAUAGACACCACAUGUUGGUUUGUUUGGGCA